GGGCGCAUCGGGGGUCCGGGCGAGACCCCCGGAGCGGCCGCUCUGGCCAGUAGCUGCCGCGCCACCGCCGGCCCCUUCACCGGCCGCCCGGUUCAGACCUAGCCGGCAGGGGUGAGAGGGAUGCAGCUAGGGGCCCAGCUCCGGUGCCGCACCCCGUAAAGGGCUGACUUUCCACCUCGCCACCUCACCCACGGGAAACCAAGACCAAACCAGCUUAGACCUCUUCUGGGAAUAGCUCCUGGGCCAGGGAGGUGCUGGGAUGGCACGGUUAGCUUUGAAGGUGAAAUGAGCUGCUGUUGUACAUCGACUAAGGCGCCCAGCUCCUGCCAACAGCCAGGGCCGAGUGCUUGUAAAACCGAACACAACAAAAGUAUGGAUAUGGGAAACCAACAUCCUGCUAUCAGUAGGCUUCAGGAAAUCCAAAAGGAAGUAAAAAGCAUAGAACAGCAAGUAAUUGGCUUCAGUGGUCUAUCAGAUGACAAGAAUUACAAGAAACUGGAGAGGUUUCUAACGAAACAACUUUUCGAAAUAGAUUCUGUAGAUACUGAAGGAAAAGGAGAUAUUCAACAAGCGAGGAAGAGGGCAGCCCAAGAGACAGAGCGUCUUCUCAAGGAGCUGGAGCAGAACGCAAACCACCCCCACCGGAUCGAAAUAGAGAACAUCUUUAAAGAAGCCCAGUCCCUGGUGAAGGAGAAGAUUGUGCCCUUUUACAGUGGGGGCAACCGUGUGGCUGACGAAUUUGAAGAAGGCAUCCAGGAUAUCAUCCUGAGGCUGACACACGUCAAAACCGGAGGGAAGAUCUCCUUGCGGAAAGCGAGGUAUCACACCUUAACCAAAAUCUGCGCGGUGCAGGAGAUCAUCGAAGACUGCGUAAAGAAGCAGCCUUCUCUGCCGCUCUCCGAGGAUGCCCAUCCUUCCGUCGCCAAAAUCAACUCGGUGAUGUGUGAGGUGAACAAGGCCAGGGGCACCCUGAUCGCGCUGCUCAUGGGCGUGAACAGUAACGAGACCUGCAGGCACCUCUCCUGUGUGCUCUCGGGCCUGAUCGCCGACCUGGACGCGCUGGACGUGUGCGGGCGGACGGAAAUCAGGAACUACCGGCGCGAGGUGGUGGAAGAUAUCAACAAAUUACUGAAAUAUUUGGAUUUGGAAGAGGAAGCAGAUACUACUUACGCGUUCGACCUGGGACAGAAUCAUUCCAUUUUAAAAAUAGAAAAGGUCCUCAAGAGAAUGAGAGAAAUAAAAAAUGAACUUCUUCAAGCACAGAAUCCUCCUGAGUUGUACCUGAGCUCCAAGAUGGAAUUGCAGGGUCUGAUCGGGCAGUUGGAUGAGGUCAGUCUCGAGAAAAACCCUUGCAUCCGGGAGGCUCGGAGGAGGGCGGUCAUUGAGGUGCAAACCCUGAUAACCUACAUUGACCUGAAGGAGGCCCUGGAGAAGAGGAAGACGCUGGCUUGCGAGGAGCACCCGUCCCAUAAAGCGGUCUGGGACAUCCUGGGCAACUUGUCCGAGAUCCAGGGUGAAGUUCUCUCAUUUGAUGGGAACCGAACCGAUAAGAACUACAUCCGGCUGGAAGAGCUGCUCACGAAGCAGCUGCUGGCCCUGGACGCCGUGGACCCGCAAGGAGAAGAGAAGUGUAAGGCCGCCAGGAAGCAGGCGGUGAAGCUCGCCCAGAACAUCCUCAGCUAUCUGGACCUGAAGUCGGACGAGUGGGAGUACUAGACGCUGCCCGCCUCGCGGGUGGUACGUCCUGUUUGCACUUUAUGUACACUUCUGCGUGUUUAUGGAGAGCUGUCAGUUCGUGGAGCCUAGAUUUGAUUUAUACAUGCAGAUUUCAGUCUCCGUUUUUAUGAUUUAAGCAAAUUAUAUUCAGUAUCUGCUGCUUUUGAUGUUGCGAAACAAAUGUCAUUACAGCACAUUAACUUUUCCAUUUGGAUCGUUAUCCGUAUGUUGUGGUGUGGUUUUUGGGGGGUUUUUAAAAUCAAAGUGGAACGGGCAGCUUUUGUCAUUUUUAAGGGGGCUGUGCAAGCACUGGGCUGCAGAUCUUUCAGGAUCUAGAUACAGACAUAGGCUGACAGGACACUGGAACGAUUAUGAGACGGGGAGGUUUUUGGUUAGAAGUAAGGUCCAAACACAAAGCAGACCAUGCUAUAUGUCCUGUUGUGCUACCUACAGCAGAGGGCUUGGGGGCUUUUUCCUGUUUCUGAGGCCUGAUUGGUUCAACCCAAGUUAAUAGGGUGAGGGGUUUUUUGUUUGUUUUUGGAUUUUCUGGGUUUUUUUUUUUUUUCAUAAGCAUUUUUUGUUUGGAAAAUGGUGUCUGUAUUUUCCCCCAUACUCUGCGUUUAGAGGGGAGACUCUUUUAUUUCCUGUGCAACAUAAGAAAAUUAUGAAAAUUAGUAGCAAAAAAAAAAACCUUUGAGACUGCCCUGAAGAAGGGAUAAAACACCAAGUUAUUACCUUCAAGUUUUUGUUGUAAACUCUGAAUUCACAGUUUUCAAUGGUCAUCAGUAAGGCUGGGAACAUUUAAGUGACAUUAGGAGAUCUUAAAAAAAGGAAACACCCAUCCCUGUGGCAAGAUCAGGAAAGCUGGAGAUCAGCUGCCGCUGUCGGGUCGCGCUGAGCCUCCCGAAGUGCCUGAGUGUGGCGCGUCCCAGGCUGCGCGUCCCAGGCUGCUGCUGUCGGAGGCCGCGUGCGGACAGACUCCUGCGCACACCCCGUGCUGUUCCAUGGCCACGGGGAGUAGCUCUGCGGGACCAGGCCUCGCCCGCUCGCCCGAGGAGGGGCGCGGCCCCGGCCUCAGCACUUCUCCCGCCCGGGCCGAGCAGCGACGGCAGCUCUGCGCACCCGCUGGGCCUCGGAGCUCCCGUCAGUGGCACGUGGCCGUGUCUCAAGGGCCAGAAAGAGCCCGUAAGGUCUGUCCGCGCGUGGUGGGUUCCCUUUCGCUAAAGGGCGUGCGGGUGUCUAUACUUGCUUUCUGGGGACCCGGUUCUGUGACUGCCAGCUGAUGGGAACGAGAAUUUCCCAGUGUUCUCAGGCCUUGGUAACGUGUCGGUGCCCGCGUGGCGGCGAACAGACUUGCUGUUGGCGCGUCUCCCCCAGUAGCCCUACCGGAGGACGGACGGCUCUGGGCCUCGGGCAGCCUGCCAUUCUCUCUCAGAGCUUCUGCUCUGGUGACUGCAGGCAGCUAAAAAUAAGAGAUAAGAGAUAAGGCAAUGGCCUGACGACCGAAAGGAGGAUAAAAAUGGGGCCCUCGAGAUCCCGUUUUGUCCCCGCGUUGCCCGAUAACUAGGAGCCCUCGACGUGGGUCUCCUGCUAGAUCUGUUGCGGUGGGACUCCGCGGAUCGUGGGGUCCAAGGGCACUUUUGUGUCUUUGGGCUUGGAGCCCUUCCCAUGUGCCCAGACCACCCUGGUGCCGGCAGGUGCCGAUGCAGACCGCUGGGAGCUCACUUUGGCCAAAGUCCUUUUCAGGGCUGCCCUUCUGUAGCCUGGCUCUCGGGAGCUCUUAGAAUCUCGGAGUUUCCAAACUCAAGUGCGUGAGGCCUGUACUGCCCCAGGCUUGACUUCAUGUUCAAAGUCAGAUUUGAAAGUUAAGCGUUUCCUUUUCAAGUAUCCAUUGUUUCGUUUCAAACAAGGCGAUCUCUAGCUUUUCCAGAGCCGGAGCUCUGAGCGCGCCCGUGACGGAGGGAGGUCUGGGAGCCGGUUCGCGUUCGCGCGCGUGGGUCGCGGAGAUGAUCGCGUGAUCCCCGCGUGACUUAAGGCAUGACGUCCCCUGUCCGACCUGUUCUAGUUCCUUGCACCUGAUGACGCUCCCGUCCGGACGCUGGCGACACGGGACUGAGCUUUCCUUGUCCCCGGCUGGGAGCCGGCCGCGUCCUAGGGGCUGCCGCGGUAACUGGAAUCGGGCCCGUAACACUGUAUUGUAUUCUUACGGUCGUACACGAGGAGAACCUGCAAUGUUAGUAAAACCUACCCCCAAAACUGUUCGGCCUUGGGUCUGCAUUAAACAGUACAAUCCAUGUUCACGCAAAAACUGGCUGGGAAUGUUUGCUUUCUUUACCUCACGUGAGACAGCUUUGUCUCGGGUCAGUCCUGACCCCAAGUAGACUACAGUCGGUCCACCUGUAACGAAGUCGUCAUGAAGACAGACGGAACGAACCCGUCUCCUGCGGGCGGUGGGUGCUUUAUUUUGCUACAAGGCCUGGGUACGGUGUCUGCUGCCGGUUAGUACGUGUGUUAACCCGUGUCCUCAUGUGUUUUACUUUGCCAAUUUUUACCUGGUUUUUGAAGGUCUAAGCUUAUCCUGUAUAUACAGGUUGUUUUUAAGCAAAGCUUUUCAGCUUCUAAUCUGUCUAGUAUUUUUCUAAGAAUAAUUGGAGAAAUAUUUGCCAUUGAUUUUGAUGUACAAUACGGAUGUGCCCCCCAGCGCGCUGGUUCCUGUCCCCACUCCGUUUGUUGUAUGACUAUUGUAAUCGUAUGUCUGAAAUAAUUCAGUAUUUUGAGAUAUUAGUAUACCCGUAAUUAUUAAUGCAAUAAAAAUCUCUUAGCUUAUAUUUGCAGUGGAGAAAGGA